AUGUCGGCGCAAGAGGAAACCAAACGAGUCGAUGAUGGACCAAAUAUCUGGAUAGCAGCCGGCGAUGGCGAUAUUGAACGCGUCAAAUAUUUGCUCGAUUCUGGCAUUGCAACGCCCAUCAGUGCCGACCUUUCGGGCUACACGCCCGUGCACGCUGCAGCGUCAUAUGAAAAAAUGGACAUGCUUCGAUUUCUUUUUGGUCAGACCGAAGAUGUCCGGACGGCUGCGAAUGCUUGCGAUGAGGAUGGCGAUACGCCGCUGUUUUUCUGCGAGGAAGUGACGCCUGCCAAGCUGCUUGUCGAACAAUUUCAUGCGGACGCGACGCUGAAGAAUGGGGACGGUAUUACGGCUGCGCAAAAAGCGGUGAUUGAGAAGCGCACAGAGCUUGCAGACUACCUGUAUGGCAUGACGGGCGAAGAACAGCUACCCCGCACCAAAUUGCUUGCGCUUGUUGGGGAAAGUGAUUCGGAUGCGGAAGAAGAGCAAAAGUUUAAGGAAAUUGAGAAUUCGGAAUCCAGCGAUGAUAAAACCAAUGCGCAGCCCAAGGAGCGCACGGAUGUCUUGGUUCCGAAACUGGAGAGCAUCAUGCAGGAUGCACAAGCCAACGGUACAGAUCCUACAGAAAAACUGCACCAGGUGGUUAGCGAGAGCAUCAUGCGCCACAUCCGCGAAGACUAUCAGCAAGGCUCAGAGCAAAAGACAGCGUAG